ACACUGCCAAAGCCAAAUGGCAGAAAGAGAGAGAACGAGUCAGACGUAACUUCCUGUCUAUAUGAAUACCACUCUCCAAUCUCCGCAUCCCUCUCUUUCAUUUUUUCAAGUCUCUCUCAUCCCUCCUCCUCCUCUCUCGCUCUCACAUUCACAGUCUAGAGAUGGAAACCUUCCUCUUCACCUCCGAAUCCGUCAAUGAGGGACACCCCGACAAGCUCUGCGACCAAGUCUCAGAUGCCGUUCUCGAUGCUUGCUUGGAACAAGACCCCGAGAGCAAAGUUGCAUGCGAGACAUGUACGAAAACCAACAUGGUCAUGGUCUUUGGUGAGAUCACAACCAAAGCGAAAGUAGAUUACGAGAAAAUAGUCCGAGAUACUUGCAGAGGAAUAGGGUUUACAUCCGCUGAUGUAGGCCUUGACGCUGACAACUGCAGAGUCCUUGUCAACAUUGAGAAGCAAAGCCCUGAAAUUGCAGAGGGAGUUCAUGGACACCUUACCAAGAAGCCCGAGGAAAUUGGAGCCGGCGACCAAGGCCACAUGUUUGGUUACGCCACAGAUGAAACACCUGAGUUCAUGCCACUCACUCAUGUCCUUGCUACAAAGAUUGGCGCCAAGCUUACGGAGGUCAGAAAGAAUAAAACAGUCCCAUGGUUGAGGCCCGAUGGUAAGACCCAAGUGACUGUUGAGUACAAGAAUGAGAAUGGGGCCAUGGUCCCGAUUCGGGUGCACACCAUCCUCAUCUCAACCCAACAUGAUGAGAAUGUCACAAACGAGCAGAUUGCUGCUGAUUUGAAGGAACAUGUGAUCAAACCUGUCGUCCCCGCCCAAUUCAUUGAUGACAAAAUUAUCUACCACUUGAACCCUUCAGGUAGAUUCGUCAUUGGAGGACCCCAUGGAGAUGCGGGUCUCACUGGCCGGAAGAUAAUCAUAGACACCUAUGGUGGUUGGGGUGCUCAUGGUGGUGGUGCUUUCUCUGGAAAGGAUCCAACCAAGGUUGACCGGAGUGGUGCAUACAUUGUAAGGCAGGCAGCAAAAAGUGUUGUGGCAUCCGGGCUUGCUCGCCGCUGCAUUGUUCAGGUUUCUUAUGCUAUUGGCGUCCCAGAACCCCUAUCGGUUUUCGUGGAUACCUACAAAACUGGAAAAAUCCCAGACAAGGACAUAUUGGUUCUCAUCAAGGAGAACUUUGACUUUAGGCCUGGAAUGAUUGCCAUCGACCUUGAUUUGAAAAGAGGGGGCAACCUCAGGUACCAAAAGACCGCUGCUUAUGGUCAUUUUGGCCGCGAUGAUCCAGAUUUCACAUGGGAGACCGUCAAGAUCCUCAAGCCAAAAGCGUGACACACUAGCUCGUAGCCGCAGUUCAGCUUGUUAGCGAAUAAAGAAACUUUCAAUUCAUACGUCUGAUGUCGAGGUCUACAUUUCGAGGCUCAAACCAGCGUUGAGAAUAGGCGAUUUGUGCUUUUAAGUUGAGGUAGUAGCAAAGUUAGGCGCCAGUAGUAUUUUGUUGCGUUGUCUUUUGUCGUUUUAUCAUUUUUCAUGUUUCCAAAUUUUUCCCGUUACCCAGCUUCUUGAUUGUUGAGGAUUCUGGCAUUGGACUUGGUUAGAAGCUUAUUACAAACAAUUGAAAUCGAAUAAUUGUAUGAUCGUA